CGCUGUAUUGCAGACGAUUUUUACAAGCCAAAUACAAAGUGAAGCGAGUGAAGAAAUCAUGGCAUCAACGUUAGAUUCUUACGUUAAUCGUUCCGUAUGUGUUAUCACGAGUGAUGGGAGGAAUUUUAUUGGUAUUCUUAAAGGAUUCGAUCAAACCAUCAACCUAAUCAUUGACGACAGUCAUGAGAGAGUGUUUAGUUCUACCCAAGGAGUCGAGCAAGUCCAACUGGGACUGCACAUCAUCAGAGGAGACAAUGUAGUUUUAAUUGGGGAAAUUGAUAAUGAACUUGAUUCCAGACUCAAUUUAUCAGAAAUAAGAGCAGAACCAUUAGCUCAAAUCCACCAUUAAAGUUUGCAUUAUUCCAUCAUGAUCAUUUGAAAUACAAUCUUUUUUACAGCUU